UGGUCGCGCAGCAUGUAACAAGUCAUUUGAUUAUUGCCUGAUUGCCGUGAACACGUUAUUCGCUGGCAGCGUGAAUAAAUGUUAGGAAAGAAAGAUAAACAUGAAACGAACAAUAUCUCUUAAUUUAUUUUAUUUUUGCAUGUUAAUAGCGUAUUGUAGCGCCGAAGAUAUUUUAGGCUGUGGUGGAUUUUUAAAAAGUCAUGCCGAGAUCGAUUUCUCAAAAGUUCAGAUAAAAUUAUACACUAAAGCUGGCAGUCUUAAGGACUACACAGAGUGUGCUCCUAAUAAUGGUUAUUAUUUUCUCCCCUUAUAUGACAAGGGAGAAUAUAUAUUAAAGGUAGAUCCACCCAAAGGAUGGAGCUUUGAGCCUACAGAAAUUUUAUUAAAUGUGGAUGGAACCACAGAUGCAUGCAGCCAAGGCAAAGAUAUUAACUUUACUUUUAAAGGUUUUGGUAUCACAGGCAGGGUUACCAGUUUAGGAUCAGACUCUGGCCCUAAAGGUGUUACCGUUACAUUGUAUAAAGAAGACAACUUACAAGUACCUGUUGGUACAACAAUUACUACAGAAGGUGGUAUCUUUUAUUUCACUCCAUUACAACAUGGAAAAUAUGUUCUCGUUGCAUCUCAUCCUGUCUGGAUGAUCAAAACGGGUACUGUCAAAGUAACAGUGCAAGAAGGCAACACAGAACUUCCAGAUGGUAGUUUAGUAAUUUACGGAUACGACGUAAGUGGACGAGUUACCAGCGAGGAAGAAGCAGUAAGCGGCGUAACAUUCCUUCUUUUCGGUAAUGGUGUAGCUAAAAAUUGUGCUACAACGCCCAUCAGUAAAGACCUAGAGCUUAAGAAACCUCUUUGUCACGUUGUAUCGGACAAAACUGGUAAAUUCGUGUUUCCAAGCUUGUCGCCCGGCGAAUAUAAACUCGUCCCUUAUUACGCUGGUGCCCAAACUAAAUUCGAUGUACAACCAUCCGAAUUGUCAUUCAAAGUGAGCCACACUAGCAUGGUUUUACGUCAAGGAUUCAAAGUGACUGGCUUCACUGUGAACGGUAUCGUUCGUACCGCCAUCGACGGAGAUCCUUUAGCAGGAGCAAAAGUUUUACUCUCGCAAAAGGAAAUCGCCACCACGGAUAAAAACGGAAAAUAUGUAUUGGAUAAUAUGAAAGCUGGCCAAUAUACUCUCAAAGCUGAAAGCGAAGACCUGAUGUUCAAUGAAGUAUCAGUUAAGAUCUCUCCUAGUUCUCCAGAACUUCCUGUUCUAAUACCAGCAUCUUAUAAAGUCUGUGGCAAAGUUACCCUCUCAGCAAAGGGAACUCUGCACCAUCGUAAAGUUUCCAUACAGAAUAUCGCCGCUACGUUUAACAAAGAGAUAGAUACAGACCCGAGAACAGGAGAAUUUUGCUUAUACCUCGCCCCCGACAGGUAUCAGUUGAGCGUUGUCGUGAGUACCGAAGAAAGAGCCGAAGGCCUCCAAUUUUUCCCACUGCAACAAAUGAUCGACGUGUCAUCUCGACCGGUGCAGAACGUUAACUUUUUACAAUUAAAAGCAACGCUAACAGGCACGGUGAAAUGUUUAGCCGGAACCGAUUGCAGUCAGGCUUCUGUCACGCUGAAGGUACUUGAUGGGAUUACGGUAAAAACGAUUCAAUCAAAGGAUGGCCGUUAUCAGUUCACGGACGUAUUACCCGGUCAUUACGAAGUCUUGAUAGAUAACGACAUCUUUUGCUGGGAAAGUCCAAGUUACAGAAUUUCAGUAACCUCUGAGCGAGCUGAAUUACCGCCCUUCCAACAGACUGGAUUCUCCGUUACCUUCAUAUCUUCUCACGAUACUGUCGUCGAGUACUCGGUACCAAACGAUCCAAAGGCAAAGAAAUUAACUUUACCUUUAAGCAAGGGGAGUACGAAGCAUUGCGUGUCCGAACCUGGAACGUACACGUUCGUCCCGAAAAGUUGUCACGUUUACGACAAAGCUUCGUACACGUGGGACACCAAUGCUCUUUCUCCAGUUAUGUUGCAUUCAACGGAACACAGUCACAAAGGAAGCAUUUUAAGUAGUUCCUUGUCAGAUGGAAUUAAAGUGAAGAUCGAAAAUGCAGGAGACGUUAUGACACUUGGACCAUUAAAAUCGGUGCGCCAGGAGGAUGCGUAUAAAUACGAAUUCGAGUUCAAGGCAAAGACAGACAACGUUUACGCUAUAACACCCCUGUCGGACGUUCUUCUCUUUACUCCUCCAUCGUUGAAAGUAUUAGGUGUGAAUGACUGUCAGAAUGACAUCGCCACGUUUGUCGGUGACAUGGGAAAGAUCAUUGCUGGUAGAGUUAAUCCACCAUUAGAAGGAGUUACCGUGCAGAUAUAUGGAAACGAUAAAAGUUUACCUAUUCACACAAUAGUUACGCAAAAAGAUGGAAUAUAUAGUGUUGGUCCUUUAGAUGGAAAAAUAGAAUAUAGUGUCACUGCAGAAAAGGAAGGUUUCGUGAUAACAGGACCCAAUUCCAACGGAAUAUUUUCCGCUCACAAGUUGGCUGAAAUUAUCGUACAGGUUUCUGAUCAAGCAGACAAUGCUUCGUUGCAGGGUGUUUUGUUGUCCUUGUCUGGUGGACAAAGUUACCGAAAGAACAGCGUAACCGGCGAAGACGGAAAAUUGAUUUUCCAUUCUCUCUCUCCCGGUGAAUAUUAUCUGAGACCGAUGAUGAAGGAGUAUCGUUUCGAUCCUUCUUCGAAAAUGAUCAAAGUCGUGGAAGGUGCGACCGUGAAAGUGAAUCUUUUCGGUAAAAGAGUCGCGUUCAGCGCGUACGGUUCCGUGACUUCUUUAAACGGAGAGCCCGAAGCUGGUUUGUUAGUGGAAAUUCAAGGUCAGGGAGAUUGCGAUCAUCUUCAAGAAGAAGCGACCACCGAGGAAAAUGGCAACUUUCGAAUCAGGGGACUUCAGCCUACAUGUACUUACGUGUUCCGGCUGAAACCGAAUGCAGAAGUUAAUGCGCACAUUCAGCGCACCAGUCCGGAGUCUAUAACAAUCAAAACCUCGACGGACAUUAGGGGCCUUCGUUUGGUCGUGUUCCAUCCGAUAUCACGAACCGACGUCUCGGUGCACGUUGUAUCCGUGCAACCGGAGCACUAUCGUACGUUAAAAGUAAAACUGUGCAGAGAAGAUAUGCCCGAUUCACCGAUACAUACAGCUAAAUUAGAGGCUCAACAGUUUAGUAAAAUCGGUAGCGCUUACAACGCUGGUUUUCUGGUUCAUCUGCCGCCGUUGCAAGCAGACGGUAGAAAGUAUUUUGUACAAUUGGAGUCUUCGUUGUCUCAUACGUUACACAAGUACAGAACGGUGCCAUUUUAUUUCGAAGCGAACUCAUCGUUCAAGUACGUGAAACUGACGUUCAACGCGGAACGGAAAGUCGAUCAAAGCGACAUGAAUCAAACGUCCAUAGUCGCGUUACCUUUUAUCAUGUUCGUUACAAUCGCGUUCUUUAAUCGCGAGAAACUAUGGUUAUGGUUGAGCGCUUUGGUGGAAAGGUGGUCGAAACCGGCUCCGAGUACCAGAGCCCCGAUGCAAGCGGUUCCUAUCGACCCAAGAACCGACGACAUCAUUGUUGAACAAAUAAUGAACAUUAACAAAAGGAAAACCAAACCUCGUAAAACGUGAUCGGCGUUUUAUUGAUACGUGCUGAUG